AUGAAAGAGCAUAACACUCAUUCUAAAAAAAAAGAUCAGGACCAAAAUAUGUUCAAAUUAUCAGAACCCUUAAACACAGAUGAUACUGAAUCAUUUGAAAAUCAACUUAAAAAAAUACAUAAAGUUAAACAAUUAGUGUACAAUUUUGUAACUGAAAAUGCAAACAAAAUUGAUGAAAUUUUGAGCCAAGAAUCUUAUAAUUUAGCAUCUUAUUUGCUUCAUGAAUCUCAAGAACAGUCUGAAAACUUAAAUAAGUCAUGUUUAAAUGAGGAUAAUAAACAGAUUUCUCUUGAUCAAUUAUUAAAAGCUCCAAGUGUUAAGAUAUUAACAAAUAAGGUAGUUAAGUCUAAUAUAACAUUGGGAAAAGUUAGUUGGGUUUGGAAUCAUAUAAAAAAGAACAAGUCAGCAGGAAAGGUUAAGUGUGAUGUAGUUAUGUUAGUAAAUGGAAAUGAAAACAGAUGUAAUAGAGUUUUUGGUAUUACAACUUCAAUUACACAUCUUGGAGAACAUCUUAAUGCAGCAAUCUUGACUAUUAAAGAAUUUCCAUAUUCACACUCAGAUGAACGUCUUAAACAGUUUUUGUUCAAACUUUUUGAUUAUUGGGAUAUAAGUAAUAGGUUAAUUAGAGGAACUACUGAUAAUAAUAAAUCAAUCAUUAAAGGAAUGCAUCUUUUUGAAAAAUCUUAUAUUAGAUAUACUGCACAUACCAUUCAGUUAGCUAUAAAAGAUGGUCUUAAUGCAUGUGAUGAUCUAUUAAUUAAAUCAACCAAGUUAAUUGGAGGUUCACAAUACCCAACUCUCAAUUUACCUUUAACUGAAGCUUAUGUUGCUUUCUAUUUAGAUCCUCAAUUCAAAAAUAUGUCUUUUGCUACUAAUGAAAAAAAAAAAGUUUUAAAUUUAAUAUCUGAAAUGUUAAAAACAAUUAAUACUAAUAUUAAUGCCCCAUCAAGAACUGAAAUGAAUUGGUUUUAUAAUGGUGAAGUUUCUAAUUCUGCAGUAGAUGAUGAGUUAGAAAGAUAUGAAAAAGCAACUCAAAUGAACAAGUACUUUAUUGAAGAUCCUCUUUAUAAAAUACAUAAUCCCCUUAUUUGGUAA